AUGCCCGGGAUCAACAUGUUUACGUGGACAAUCAUGCUUCAUGCAUAUGCCCGAAACGGGCAACUUGAGAAAGCAGCACAGUCUUUUGAUUUGAUGCCUCAGCGCGAUGUUGUUGCCUGGAACUCUAUCCUGCAGAUUUUUGGGGAGCACGAGAAAGUUGACGAUGCACGAAAGACAUUCAUGGAGAUGCCGGCCAGAACAAUCUCGAGCUGGAACGUGCUUCUUACUGCAUAUGCCCAAAACGGGUAUUUGCAAGAUGCGAUGGCCGUUUUUGAUCGGCUGCCCUUCUCGGACGUCGUGUCGUGGACGAGUCUGUUUGGGUUCCAUGCCAAGAACGGGUAUAUGAACGAGGCCAGGAUGAUUUUUCUCACAAUGCCUGAGAAGAACUCCACGUCUUGGACCACCAUCAUCUCGGCUCUCAUGCGGUGUGGCGAUUUCCAGGCCGCCAAGAACUUCUUUGGCAAGAUGCCCCACCAUGCUCGAGUGGUGUGGCUGGUUAUGAUGCAAGGCUACCUCCAAAACUUUCAGUUCGACGUUGCGGCCAGCAUGUUUGAUCGAAUGGAGGAAAAGGACAUUGUUUCGUGGAACAUUUUGAUCAAUGCCGUGGCGCAGAACGGCCAAGUCGGUCGAGCGAGAAAGAUCUUUGACGCGAUGCCCAAGCACGACAUGGCAACGUGGAACUCGAUGCUGAUCGCGUACGCCGAGAAAGGGAGGUUGAGUGACGCAAGGGCCAUCUUCGACAGCAUGACACACAGGAACAUCAUCUCGUGGAACUCGAUGACGCAGUCUUACAUUCUAAACGGCCACUUUGAGGAAGGAAAGAAGGUUUUCGAUCGAGCGCCUCAGGUGGACGUGAUUUCCACCAACAUGCUUCUCUCCGCCAAUGCCGAGGGAGGAAAUCUCGAAGAGUCGAAAUCCAUUUUUGACUCCAUGGUCAUGAGGGACGUUGUGUCGUGGAACGCCAUGGUUCACGCUUACGCCAUUCACAAUCUCCUCGAGAGUGCCGAGUCUACGUACCGGAGAAUGUCGCAGCACGACUUUGUGUCGAGGAAGACGAUGAUGGCGGCUUACGCUCGAGAGGGUGACUUGGAGCGAUCGAAGCUCUUUUUCGACGACAUGUCGGACAGAGACACGGUCUCCUGGAACACUCUGAUCGUUGCAUACGCUCAGCGCAACGAUGUCAAGAACGCAAAACUGGUUUUUGACAGCACUCCAGUGAAGAACCCGAUAUCCUGGAACGCGAUCAUGACAGUCCUCUCCCAAAACGGCCAUUACGCCGAAGCGCUCGAGUUCUUCCGCGAGAUGGAGCUCGAUGGUGGAAGCAAACCCACGGACGUUGGCUUCACCAAUGCAUUGGUAGCGUGCAGCUACGGUGGUCUCGUCGCCGAGGCCAGAGUUUUUUUCCUCUCCAUGGUCGAAGACCACAACUUAACACCGAGGUGGGAGCAGUACUGCUGCAUGGUGGACAUUCUCAGUCGAGCAGGACAAUUGGAAGACGCCGAAGAUCUCCUUCUGCUCCAUACGUGCUUUUGUCUAACAGCAUUGGUCAUCUCAAAGAGUAACGCUAAGCUAACUUCGUCUUCCAGAUGUUGCUGUCGCUACUUUUACACUUGGCUUCUCAUCUGGGUCUCGGCAUGGAGCUCCAACGACAAGUAUAGGACCAUGGGACUGUGUCAUUUGAGCAGCGGCUCCAAAAACACUGGCGGCUUCGUCCAGGUCAGGGAGCUUCUUCUUUGCGUAGAGCAUCGCAUUGGAGCUGACAAACCGGGCCCAAGGAGCUUCACGCAGCAGCAGCACAGCCUUUGUCAUGUCAUCUUCAUUUCGAGGCCCAGCCAUUUACAAAAGCAACGAAGGAUUGCAGUCCAAGUACGCUUCUCUGCUGGAAGAGAUGGAAUUAACGAGCAGGAUUUCACGUAUGAAGCAGACCGGAGCAGGCCUUUGAGACUUGUAACUCGGCCUUUACGCUCGGAAGAAUCGUCGCCCGAGUCCUUGCAAGAGAUUAGGCAGCUCAUCGGUAGCCGAGAAGUUUAUGUUCCCAGUGAGGCUGAGGAGGCCCAAAUACUAGAGCAAGUCUCAAGGAUAAAACAGCAAGCUUUAAGAGGAAGUCUGGUUGCAGCGCAUUCGGCAAUUCAGCAGUUGUAUGCAAAGUUUCCCAAUCACACUAGAGUUCUUGUUGAGUAUGCAUACAUUGAAGCGAGAAAAGGUAACCAAGCAGCUGCGGCAUCAUUGUUCUCCCGUGCAAUAACUAUCUUCGAAGAAACUGGCAACCUCAACUACGACUACGUGCUUACACUGCAAGGAUGGGGCUCCUCCGAAGCCAGAGCUUCCAAUUCGCUGAAAGCUCGAGUUUUGUUCGAGGAAUCCAUACGCGCAGCUGAAAAGCUGCAAGACCACUCCGAGCGAGCCAUCGUUUACGGCUUGCACGCGUGGGCUCUGGUGGAAGAUAAAGUUGGAAACUGGAGCCAGGCACGAGAGCUCUUGCAAAGAGCGGCAGCGAUUCAGCCCGGAAACGCUGUGGUUCAUCAGUCGAGAGCUCUCAUGGAAGCCCGUGCUCACAACUAUUCCUUGGCGCGCUCCAACUUUCGGCUGGCUGUCAAGGCGGACUCACACGAUGCAAAGUGCUGGCAGGCUUGGGCCUUGUUCGAGGCAAGCCAACGCAAGUUUCGAGAGAUGAGGCAGCUCUUCUACCGUGCUUAUCUCGUCAACACCAACGAUCUAUACACUCUCCAGGCAUGGGCUCAUCAAGAAGCGCUCAUUGGCACCACCAAGUCCAAGAACCGGGCUAGAAAAUUAUACCAACGAUGUGUGGAGAUCUCUCCAGAGAAUAUUUAUUCCUGGCAGUCGUGGGGUCUUUUGGAGGAGAGAUCGGGGAACCACCAAGGUGCUCGAGUGCUCUACGAACAGGGGCUUCGGAUCGAUCCUUCAAGCGUUCCCUGUCUCCAAGCAUACGCUCGCCUGGAAAAAAGCCAGGGGAACAUUGAGACUUCGAGAAAACUAUUGCAAGCUGCUCGGAAAAUUGAUCCUCACAAUGCUCCAUCGCUCAUGGAAUCCGGCCUGAUCGAGCUUGAGCUCGGGAACAACGACGUCGCUCGCGAAUUUUUCAAGCGCGCGCGGAAGAUCGACAGGGAAAAGAGCCGUAUCAAGAAGCGGAUGUUCAUCUCGCGCAAGACAUCGAGGUUGCAAAGCCCGGGAACCACCGUCAAAUUCGAAAAUCUAAAUCCGAGGCAAGCAACGGUCUAGAUGGGCGUGCCGAGACGGACGGUUCACAGUAAAAGAGCCUAGGAUAUACCCAUAAUUUGAAUUGCUCUUAAGCCCUAAA